UGACGUUGCUCCUCAUAGACAGACGUUCUCUGAAUCGCGCCGGACAUCCCUCAUUCAUCGGAGUCCUCCUACAUUCCAAGACAAUCCAAUGAAGUUAGACACAAGGGGCUAAUCAGAGACCUUCUCGUCAUCCGCCCCAAACUUCAUUUACAUUCCUUACGUCUGGAUUACGGCCGACUGCUGCUAUCAUAACCCCUCCUCACCAUCACCUCUCAACGUGGAUUCGUCAACAUUAUCAACAGGGUCUGGAGCUCAAUUCCACGACGCCUUAGAUACGAUGGAGCAGGAUCCUUUUACCGCAACGCCGCCCGCAGCCCCGCGCGUUCCCCAUGAUGCCCUCGAGGAUACCCUUGGCGGCAUUGAAGGGACCACGCAUUUAGCGGGUGACUUGGGUAUUCAUGAGCCAUAUCAUCGCCAGUCGCAGUCUCUUGACCAAGGUCUAGCCAACGUCAACGGCAAUGCUAACAGCGCGCAACCCGACGAAGUCGACCCGAACGUUCAAUAUGAUGCUCCACAGUACGAUACCACCCCUCCUCAACAACCCAUAGGAAGACCUACAUCGUCCAUGUCCCCUACCGGCGAACGUCACUACAGUGAACAUGUUUCGCGAGAAAGUAAUGGUAACGGAAAUGGAAACGGUGCGGAUCGCAAUACGCGUAACCACGUUGUGAUCAAGGUUGGCAUGGUAGGAGAUGCGCAGAUUGGCAAGACAUCCCUGAUGGUCAAAUAUGUCGAGGGUAGCUGGGAUGAGGAUUAUAUCCAGACACUAGGCGUCAACUUCAUGGAGAAGACCAUCAGCAUACGCAACACCGAAAUCACGUUCAGCAUUUGGGAUUUAGGUGGCCAACGUGAAUUCGUGAACAUGCUACCCUUGGUGUGUAACGACGCGGUCGCCAUCUUAUUCAUGUUCGACUUGACGCGUAAGAGCACGCUCAACAGUAUCAAGGAAUGGUAUCGGCAGGGACGUGGUUUCAACAAGACAGCUAUUCCCAUCUUAGUUGGCACGAAGUAUGACCAUUUUGUCAACUUCCCUCGAGAGGACCAGGAGGAGAUUUCGAACCAGGCAAAACGAUUUGCUAAAGCUAUGCGCGCUGCUCUCAUCUUCAGUAGUACCAGUCAUAGUAUUAACGUCCAGAAGAUAUUCAAAAUUGUUCUAUCGAAGGCAUUCGAUCUCAAGUGCACAAUACCCGAAAUCGAAAACGUCGGCGAGCCUCUUCUGCUCUACCAGUCAGUUUAGAUUCGGGCUCAGCCCAAUCUUUGGGGGUUUGACAUGAACUGGCUAUUAUGCAUCAUGCUUGAACACGCGAUACGACUGC